AUGUGCCAUCCUGACAAGCCUUUUACUUCUGAUAAGCUCCGAUGUGUGUUUAAUGAAUACAAAGCCGCGGUCUGGGUGCCGCCUCGGCCGCGGCCGCUCUCGCGCGCUCCUUUGCCAGAAGAUCGUACUGAGAAGCACUCCACAAUGCCAGACUCACCUGUGGAUGUGAAGACACAAUCUAGGCUGACUCCUCCAACUAUGCCACCGCCCCCAACCACUCAAGGAGCUCCAAGAACCAGCUCAUUUACACCAACAACAUUAACUAAUGGCACAAGUCAUUCGCCUACAGCCUUGAAUGGCGCCCCCUCACCGCCCAAUGGCUUUAGCAACGGGCCUUCCUCUUCUUCCUCUUCUUCUCUGGCUAAUCAACAACUGCCCCCAGCCUGUGGUGCCAGGCAACUCAGCAAGCUGAAACGGUUUCUCACUACCCUGCAGCAGUUUGGCAAUGACAUCUCACCAGAGAUUGGAGAAAGAGUCCGCACCCUUGUGCUAGGAUUGGUGAACUCUACUUUGACAAUUGAAGAAUUUCAUUCCAAACUGCAAGAAGCUACUAACUUCCCACUGCGACCUUUUGUCAUCCCAUUUUUGAAGGCCAACCUGCCCCUGCUGCAGCGCGAGCUCCUCCACUGUGCAAGGCUGGCCAAACAGAACCCUGCCCAGUACCUCGCCCAGCACGAACAGCUGCUUCUGGAUGCCAGCACCACCUCCCCUGUUGACUCCUCAGAGCUGCUUCUCGAUGUGAACGAAAACGGGAAGAGGCGAACUCCAGACAGAACCAAAGAAAAUGGCUUUGACAGAGAGCCUUUGCACUCAGAACAUCCAAGCAAGCGACCAUGCACUAUUAGCCCAGGCCAGCGGUACAGUCCAAAUAAUGGCUUAUCCUACCAGCCAAAUGGCCUGCCUCACCCCACCCCACCUCCACCUCAGCAUUACCGUUUGGAUGAUAUGGCCAUUGCCCACCACUACAGGGACUCCUAUCGACACCCCAGCCACAGGGACCUCAGGGACAGAAACAGACCUAUGGGGUUGCAUGGCACACGUCAAGAAGAAAUGAUUGAUCACAGACUAACAGACAGAGAAUGGGCAGAAGAAUGGAAACAUCUUGACCAUCUGUUAAACUGCAUAAUGGACAUGGUAGAAAAAACAAGGCGAUCACUCACUGUACUAAGGCGAUGUCAGGAAGCGGACCGGGAAGAACUGAAUUACUGGAUCCGGCGGUACAGUGAUGCCGAGGACUUGAAAAAAGGCGGCAGCAGUAGCAGCAGUCACUCCAGGCAGCAGAGUCCCGUCAACCCCGACCCAGUGGCAUUAGAUGCACAUCGGGAAUUCCUUCACAGGCCUGCGUCUGGAUACGUGCCAGAGGAGAUCUGGAAGAAAGCUGAGGAGGCUGUCAAUGAGGUGAAGCGCCAGGCAAUGACGGAACUGCAGAAGGCUGUGUCUGAGGCGGAGCGGAAAGCCCACGACAUGAUCACGACAGAGCGAGCCAAGAUGGAGCGCACGGUGGCUGAAGCCAAGCGGCAGGCAGCAGAGGAUGCACUGGCAGUUAUCAAUCAGCAGGAGGAUUCGAGUGAGAGUUGCUGGAAUUGUGGCCGUAAAGCAAGUGAAACCUGCAGUGGCUGUAACACAGCCCGAUACUGUGGCUCCUUUUGCCAGCACAAAGACUGGGAGAAGCACCACCACAUCUGUGGACAGACCCUGCAGGCCCCGCAGCAGGGGGACACGCCCGCAGUCAGCUCCUCUGUCACGCCCAGCAGCGGGGCCGGGAGCCCGAUGGACACACCACCAGCAGCCACUCCGAGGUCGACCACCCCGGGGACCCCUUCCACCAUAGAGACCACCCCUCGCUAGAUGCGGACUCAGAACUGUCGGAGGAAAGACAACACAACCAACGUGAAACCAAUUCUUCGUCCUCAGAUGCUCAAAGUCGUUUUUUCUGUUUGUUUGUUUAGAGAUGAACUAUCCUAUUUCAGUACUUCAGCAAGAGAGAACCUAACUGUUAUCUUGAGGCGGUAGUAAAACACAGAGGGCCAGUAACGGGUCGUAAUGACUUAUUGUGGAUAACAAAGAUAUCUUUUCUUUAGAGAACUGAAAAGAGAGCAGAGAAUAUAACAUGAAAUACUAGAUUUGACCUCCUCCCUGUUAUUUUCAAGUAGCUGGGAUUUUAAACUAGAUGACCUCAUUAACCGAUGCUUUACCAAACAGCAAACCAAGAGAUUGCUAAUUGCUGUUGAAAGCAAAAAUGCUAAUAUUAAAAGUCACAAUGUUCUUUAUAUACAAUAAUGGAAAAAAAAAAAAAAAAAGAGGAAACCCCUCAAGGGCAUGAGCAUUGGAUACAGCAGUAGACAUUUUAACAAGAAGAUGAAUGGCGUCCGUGGGUUGCUAACUGAACUUUGAAGACCCGCUACAAAACGCGCAGAUGUGCAGCAGAUUGGAAGGAGACACAGAUGUUCGGUUUUUUUCCUGUUUCUGAAAAGAAAUAAUAUCCAGGUCAACAGAAUGAAAAAUGAAAGAUGAUUUGCAGUGGGAUGUAUGAAUACAGCAGCAAGAAAAAAAUGCCAUAAUACAAAGGCUCCUUUUUAUAUAUAUAUACAAACAUACACACACACACGCACACACACACACACACACACACAAGUAAGAGACUCAGCCUGCAAUUAAUUAGCAUUCUGGCAGCUUUGACAUCAGCCAGCUGCCCUAAAUAACCCUUCAACGUUUCUUCACUUUUGCAAGGUUCCACAGAGUAAGACAUUGGGUCUAUUCCAGCUCAUUCAUUUUUAUAUUGAAAAAUAAUUAAAAAAAAAAUGGUGGCUCCAGCUCCAGCCCCUUUCCAAAAUUUUUCAUCCCCACCCUAUUUGGAUUUUUAAUUAAAAACUAGUAGUUCUCUUGGUGUUAAAACACUUCUGUCCUGUGAGGUUUCCCAAUGGUGUUUUUCUUGUAAAUGUGUUGGACAAAUGUGAAGAUGCAUUGUAGUUUAUCCAUAUGCCCACAUUUAGUCUCUUUAUUCCUAGUUGGUGAGAAACCUGUAUCUUUCUAUGCUGCUUUUAUAUCUGUAUGUAUUAGUGAUAUUUCUCUAGUAGUUAAAAAAAAAAAAAAAGGAAAAAAAAUUCUUUUUGGUUGUCCUCAAGAAAAGAAAAGAAAAAAGCUAUCUUUCGGAGCUGCUAUUUCACUCUCUUAUACAAUUUUUUUUUUUCCUGAGAACCAGCAUGCUUCACGGAAUGCUAACAUAUUGGUGUUUUUGUAAGAGGGAUGUACAUAAAUGUAUUUUGCACUGUCACAAUGACUCCCUAGGCAUGCUUUUUUUUUCCCCCCUGAGCAAACUUUUUAAAUAUGCUAGAGCCAUUUCAUCAAUGUUAGCUGUAGCAUAGAGUAGUAGUGGAAUUUUCUUUGUCUUUUUCCUUUUUUUUUUUAAACCAUUAUUAGGGACUUUUUUAAAAAAAAUAAAAUAACAAGAUAUCCUACUUUUUAAAAAAAAAAAAGGACAGUGCAUGCAUAUUGCUGUAAGGUCGUUUAAGUAUUUCUAAUUUUACAAAAAAAAAAAAUCAUUAGAGCUCCAAAUGCUGAGGUGUAGACUGACAGCUUUAACACUGCUGAGUGCCAGGUUAUACAGUAUUCUUACAAAAAGGGAAGUCAGCCAAAGACUGAUCUGAUGGACCAAAAUCAGAAUUUUGAAAAGCACCAGUACUACUUUCCAAAUGAUCAGCAGGUUAAACAUGUUCAGCAAGGUAUAGUGUGAAUCCAUUAACCCUUCGUUGUCCAGGGUCCAGACCAGAACUACUUGUUAGUUUUGAACACAGUAGCCCAGGAUGUGGUUGUGUGCUUUACGAGAGUCGGCAGUGCUGCAGGCCGAGUAGACAACCAAAGUUGAUAAAGCUGGGAAGACACUCCUCCACAUACAGGUACACCAGGCAUUUCCUCAAAAAUUGAAAGUAAUCCAUUAGCUUUGUCGGGGAGGGGUCAAUGUAGCGCUUGGACAUAGUUUUACAUGGUUUUAAGUUACCUGCACUGGGGCAAUCCUCAAGUGGUUUGCUCUAAGUCUCUUAAAUAUUACAUUUUUCUUAAAGCAUUUCCCCCUGUAUUUUAAUAUACAAGUUGGUUUUGAUUUUAUUUGGCUGUUCGUGUUUUUUUUUUUUUUUAAUAGCUUUUUAGUUUAGAAGUUCUAAUGAGCUAAUAACUACAUCUAUCUGCAUGUUGGAAGUCCAUCUGCCAGCACACCUGCUUAAAGUGAAUUGAAAGCACAUAACCAGACUCUGGAUGGGUUAUAUUUUACCAUGGUGCUCCCAGACUCCUUUGACCUCAUUCUGCUUUCUAGUCUGCUUGUGACACUGGACAGUCCUUUCUUACAGAGCUAUUAUAUGUUCUAGGCUACGAAGGGUUAAAUAAUCCCAAAAAUGAGGUAUGUCAUACCCACACGUCUUUAUCUCUAGAAGCUGUGAUGUAUGUGAAACAGCACUGUUAUUCUUAACACUAGUGUGUAAAAUAAGGAUUAGUACAGUAUGUCUCAUUACUUUUUAAUUCAGGGCACCCUGGGUGAAAACAAAUACAAAAAAAAAAAAAAAAUCCCUAACUCUGAGCUCUAUCUCUGAUUCCUCUUCCUCCUUCCCCUCUUCCUCCUC